AUGACAACCAAUACUGAAACUAUGGUGAAUCCAGCGGACACUCCAAUUGAUUCGACAACAAGAGAGACAGUCACUGUUGAAGAAAAUCGGACGCUGAGAAAUAUUAUGGCACAAUUGUGGCAAGCCUGGGCCAAUGGACAAGAACCACCAACGUCUAUUCCUGGUUUUCCUGAGAUCAUUAGUAUUCGAUCCUCAUCUUCUCAAGUCCCAAUAUCAGAACCUUUCUUCCCUCCAGGGUAUGGUCAAUUUGACAAUUGUGGGGUCGGGCCAUCAACAACACGUCCUCAAGGCAUGCCAUUUAGGAAUACUCCCAUUGUUACAACAGAUGCACCAGUCUAUACACUCUCACAAGUGACUGUGACGCAAAGAGCAGCUCAAGACGGACAGUUCACCCCUCAUCCGGAGCAGUACUAUACUCCUGGUAUAGCAUUUGGGGGCCCUAACUCUGUUCAAUUUGGUUCCCCUAUUGAUGUUGAGACGCCCACUCCAGGCUCAGAGCAAGAAGAAAUGUUGAAAAAAAUGAAAAGCAUCGAGCAACACAUGAAGAGCAUGCAAGGGUUAGGAGGACACAAAAGUGUCGCAUUCAAAGACUUGUGUAUGUUCCCAAAUGUCCACCUGCCACCUGGGUUCAAAACCCCUAAGUUUGAUAAGUAUGAUGGACACGGUGAUCCCAUAGCCCACCUUAAGAGAUAUUGUAAUCAACUUCGGGGUGCAAGGGGUAAAGAAGAAUUGCUCAUGGCUUAUUUUGGUGAAAGCCUGACUGGUGUUGUCUCAGAAUGGUUUAUAGAUCAAGAGAUUUCCCCAUGGCACAUAUGGGAUGAUAUGGCUCAAGAUUUUGUUAGACAAUUUCAGUACAAUGUAGACAUUAUGCAAGAUCAGGCUCAAGAUCCUGACUACUCCCACCACCUCACAGCCGCAAUGGGAAGACCGUUUCACACAGCAAUCAAAAUUGGGGAAAUGGUCAAAAGUGGUCUCAAAACAGGAAGGAUCGUGAGCCACGCAGCAAUCAAAGCUACCACACAGGCCAUUCAAGGUGGUUCAACAAGUUUUGGAAAUUGUAAAAGGAAAGAGGAAGUAAUUUCCCUAGCAUCAGGGUCAAGAGGAGCUCAGAGAAAGUCUAAUUGUCCUUACACAUCAGUUCAGGGACAACUUAGCUAUCCUCAACAUUACUACCCUUAUGCUCCUCAAUAUCCAGUAUCUCCAUCUCCGUACACAGUCUUAAAUGCUUAG